AAUGCGGGAACAGUGCACGAUACCACACGGCCAUAUCUAAACAAUCUUCUUUGACGAGAUGUUCAGUACUGUACCGCACCUCCACGAUACUUGUGUAUAAAAAGGUGGUUGCUACCUUCAUUUGUCGACACAAUCUCCCACGCAAAGCUGCUUCCCACAGAGCUGAAAAAAAUACCUUUCGAGCACUCUCACGGAAACCAACGAAACUUCGAGAUGCCAAGUAUCUUUGACUGGUUAGACUCAAUGGCCGGAGGUAGUGCAACACAAGCACCCGAUUGCAUAAAUGAUGGAGGAAGUCAACCUGGGACCCAAAAAGUCUCUGCGCCUCAGGCUAGCACUGACUAUACCGCACCUAAUCCACAAUCCACGUGGCAACCUCCACCACAAACUCAAUUCGAGCAUCGAUUCGAGGAGCCAGCGCACCGCGAUCGCGACGCUGAAACUGAGGAAAGCAGGCGACCAGCAUCGCCAAAUCCUCCCCACAACUGGACCGCAAUCAAUCGCUCCUACAAUAUCUAUUGCGAUGUUAGCUCUGAGGAAGAUGAGUAUGACUCUGACGAUACGGUCAUCCGGCAUCCUCCCCAAACAGUAUCAUCGCGGAUUAAGCACGGGCUGGCUAGUGACGAUGACGACCGCCGAAGGCCGAGUGGGUGGCGACCACCUUCUCCGUUCCCAUUCCUUCAGACACGGCUGCCUCGGCAGCUAUUUGCGCAGCCUCCAGAAUUGGUAGAGGCCAUGGAAGAGGACGAAUCGAGCGUUCCCCUCGGAUACGAACCACGGCGUCCUUCCCAAUUAUUCAGCCGCCGCUCUGUAGAAUUGAUAGAAGGGUUCGAAGACGGUGAAUCAGACUUCUCCUUAGACUAUGAACCACAGUCUUCGGAUGAAGAAUGGGAAGAGUACGAGGUCCAAGAGGAUGUCGAGUUCGAGUUCAUCGGUGAUCCUAUCGUAAUUGAUAAUAUCGCCGAUGUGUUUUCCCUUCAAGAGCAUCGACCGGAGACAUGUACACUGUGUCUCGAAGAUCAUGAUCCUGCCAACGGCCAUACUCACGUGGUCCUGAAAGCGUGUGGGCACAUUUUCUGUAGUGAAUGUCUCGAUGGCAUGCUGAAUAGCAGGUAUUCCUGCAUCAACACGUGCCCUAACUGUCGCUUUCUCCUCGUAAAGCAGCGGAUGAAGAGGCCGAUUCUCGCACCCUAGACUCACAGUUGAUGAGUAAGCUCUUCUCCGCUUGUCGGUGGUCAAAGAUAGCUGCCCUCCACAGACAUUCCCAGCUAUGGCAAAGAGUCUUUUCGUACGUAGCUCUUUGUGUGGCCUAUCCUC